UCUAAAAAUACCGAACACAGCUUUGAUUUAAAAAUAAGCCCUGUAGAGUUAGUGCUGCUAACGAAAUUUCGCUGCUGUGUGUGGAAUAAUUUUUAAUGUAACAAUUUUGCAAAAGAUAACAUAAACCCCCAAAAUGGUGGCUGAGGCGGAAGGGGGAUCCGAACAGGACGAUGUUUCCUUUCUACGAACGGAAGACAUGGUGUGUCUCUCUUGUACAGCCACAGGAGAACGUGUUUGCUUGGCUGCAGAAGGAUUCGGCAAUCGUCAUUGUUUUUUGGAAAAUAUUGCGGACAAGAAUAUACCCCCCGACUUGUCUCAAUGUGUCUGUGUUAUUGAACAAGCUCUGUCGGUUCGGGCCUUGCAAGAGCUGGUAACAGCCGCUGGUAAUGAAACCGGAAAAGGAACGGGAUCAGGACAUCGCACUUUGUUGUACGGAAAUGCUAUUCUGUUGCGGCAUCAAAACAGUGACAUGUAUCUAGCGUGUUUAUCUACGAGCUCAAGUAACGACAAAUUGGCUUUUGAUGUCGGUUUACAAGAACAUAGUCAAGGAGAAGCCUGCUGGUGGACAGUUCAUCCCGCAAGCAAGCAAAGAUCUGAAGGUGAAAAAGUAAGAGUGGGUGACGACUUGAUUUUGGUUUCGGUUGCCACCGAACGAUAUUUGCAUACAACUAAAGAAAACGAGCAGUCCAUAGUGAAUGCCAGCUUUCAUGUGACGCAUUGGUCAGUGCAGCCCUAUGGAACGGGUAUUUCCCGUAUGAAAUAUGUAGGAUAUGUUUUUGGUGGAGACGUUUUGCGAUUUUUCCAUGGAGGCGACGAAUGUCUCACUAUACCGUCCUCGUGGAGCACUGAAGAAGCACAUAAUAUAGUGAUCUAUGAGGGCGGAAGUGUGAUGUCUCAAGCCCGAUCUUUGUGGCGAUUGGAACUAGCCAGAACAAAAUGGGCAGGAGGUUUCAUCAACUGGAGUCAUCCAAUGAGAAUAAGGCAUAUUACUACUGGACGAUACCUUGCUGUGAAUGAGAGUAACGAAUUGUACCUAGUCAGCAGGGAAGAAGCUACAACAGCAUUGACGGCUUUUUGCCUCAGACAUGAAAAAGACGAUCAGAAAGUGGUACUAGAAGACAAAGACUUAGAGGUAAUCGGUUCGGCCAUAAUUAAGUAUGGUGACUCGACCGUCAUCGUGCAGCAUUCUGAGUCUGGACUGUGGUUGUCUUACAAGGCAUAUGAGACGAAGAAAAAAGGGGUGGGCAAAGUCGAAGAAAAGCAAGCAGUUCUCCAUGAGGAGGGCAAAAUGGACGACGGUUUAGACUUCAGCAGAAGUCAAGAGGAGGAAUCGAGAACAGCUAGAGUGAUUCGGAAGUGCAGUUCUCUAUUUACUCAGUUUAUUAAUGGGCUGGAAAGUUUGCAAGUCAAUAGACGACACUCGAUGUUUUUCCAAGUGGUUCAUUUAAACGAAAUGGUAAUGUGCUUAGAAGACUUGAUUAAUUAUUUCGCGCAACCUGAAGACGACAUGGAGCACGAAGAAAAGCAGAAUCGGCUGCGGGCCCUGCGAAACAGACAAGAUUUGUUCCAGGAAGAAGGCAUUUUGAACCUUAUCCUAGAGGCAAUUGAUAAAAUUAACGUUAUCACGUCUCAGGGGUUUCUUGCAGCUUUAGCGGGCGACCAAAGCUGGGAAAUGAUAUCCGGGUAUCUCUAUCAGCUUUUAGCAGCCAUAAUUAAGGGAAACCACACGAAUUGUGCCCAAUUCGCGAAUUCCAAUCGGUUGAAUUGGCUGUUUUCCAGGCUGGGCUCUCAAGCUUCGAGCGAAGGAACCGGAAUGCUUGACGUGCUCCACUGCGUUCUGAUCGAUUCACCAGAGGCUCUUAAUAUGAUGCGAGACGAACACAUUAAAGUCAUCAUUUCCCUUCUGGAAAAACAUGGUCGCGAUCCAAAAGUCCUGGAUGUGUUGUGUUCCCUCUGCGUCGGUAACGGUGUAGCUGUUCGAAGCUCACAGAACAAUAUCUGCGAUUAUUUGCUACCCGGCAAAAACCUGCUUCUUCAAACUCAAUUGGUCGAUCAUGUGGCCAGCGUUAGACCCAACAUUUUCGUGGGCAGAGUGGAGGGCAGUGCAAUUUACCAAAAGUGGUACUUCGAAGUCACGGUGGAUCAUUUGGAGCAAACCACUCACAUGAUGCCGCAUCUGCGAAUUGGCUGGGCGAAUUCUAAGGGCUACAUUCCCUAUCCGGGCGGUGGUGAAAAAUGGGGCGGAAAUGGUGUUGGAGACGAUCUGUACUCGUUUGGGUUUGAUGGGGCUUUUCUGUGGACUGGAGGACGAUGCACCCAAGUUGUGGGCAAUGUUGUGGAACCGUAUAUUAGGAAAAAUGAUGUAAUUGGUUGUGCCUUAGACUUAACUAUUCCUCAAAUAUAUUUCACAUUCAACGGCAACCCAAUUAGAGGCAGUUUCAGAAACUUUAACUUGGAUGGAAUGUUCUUUCCCGUAAUCAGUUGCUCUUCUAAGCUGAGUUGUCGCUUUUUGCUCGGCGGCGAUCACGGCAAGCUGAAGUUCUGUCCUCCAGAAGAGUUCUCUCCUUUAGUGGAAAGCCUGCUUCCGCAACAGAUUCUCAACCUCGAUUCUUGCUUCUACUUCGGAAACAUGAACAAGAACGUGAUCGCAGGCCCGCUUUUAAUAGAAGAUGAUACCGCUUUUGUGCCCAAUCCUGUGGAUACUUCCAUGGUUGGUUUGCCCAGUUAUAUUGAAUCAAUCAAGGACAAGUUAGCGGAAAAUAUACAUGAAAUGUGGGCCAUGAAUAAAAUCGAGGCCGGCUGGGCUUGGGGCGAAUACAGGGACGAUUUACGACAUGUUCAUCCCUGUUUGGUGCCAUUUGAUAAGCUGCCAACCGCCGAAAAACGAUACGAUUCGCAACUGGCUGUUCAGACCUUAAAGACCGUAAUUGCAUUGGGCUAUUACAUAACAAUGGACAAGCCGCCGUCCAGAAUUAAGACUGUCCGGUUGCCAAAUGAACCAUUUAUGCAGGGGAAUGGUUAUAAACCCGCUCCUUUAGAUCUAAGCGCCAUAACUCUUACUGCAAAAUUGGAGGAAUUGGUUGAUCAAUUGGCCGAAAAUACGCACAAUCUUUGGGCGAAAGAACGUAUUCAGCAAGCCUGGACCUAUGGAUUAAAUGAGGAUCCUGAUAUGUUGCGUAGCCCCCAUUUGGUGCCAUACAACAAAGUUGACGAUGCAAUUAAAAAAGCCAAUCGAGACACAGCUUCUGAGACCGUUAGGACUCUGCUAGUGUAUGGAUAUGUGAUUGAUCCGCCCACUGGUGAACAACAAGAAACUCUUUUGGCCGAAGCUAGCAGACUCAGACAGCAAGCGUUUCGAACUUACCGAGCUGAAAAGAACUAUGCAGUUGGUUCAGGAAAAUGGUAUUUUGAAUUCGAAAUAUUGACUGCUGGCCCGAUGCGUGUUGGAUGGGCGAAGGCAGAUUGCGCUCCAGGUUCAAUGCUGGGUUCCGAUGAAAACACCUGGGCUUUCGACGGUUACAACGAGGAAAAAGUGUAUAGUAAUUCGGCUGAAUCGUUUGGAAAGCAGUGGCAAUUGGGAGAUGUAGUUGGAGUUUUUCUCGAUCUGAUUGAUCACACUAUAAGUUUUUCCCUUAACGGCGAAUUGUUGAUGGACGCCCUCGGUGGCGAGACCACAUUUGCGGAUGUACAGGGCGAUAACUUUGUGCCGGCAUUCACUCUGGGAGUGGGUCAAAAGGCGCGGCUCUGCUUUGGGCAAGAUGUAAACCAGUUGAAAUAUUUCACCACCUGCGGAUUGCAGGAAGGAUAUGAACCAUUUUGCGUCAACAUGAACCGAGCAGUAACAUACUGGUAUACAAAAGACCAGCCGAUUUUCGAAAACACCGACGAUAUGCCUGAUACGAAAAUCGACGUAAUCAGAAUCCUAGCCGGAUCAGAUAGUCCCCCGUGUCUGAAAAUCAGCCAUAACACCUUUGAAACGAUGGAAAAAGCGAACUGGGAGUUUCUACGACUUAGUCUUCCAGUGAUUUGCCAUCAGGAGUUUAUAACGGAGGAGGAGAAAAUGCGCCGCUGGAAUGAAAUCAAAAUCAGGCAACAUAGGCUGAAAGUGGAAGCCGAUCAAUCAGUGACCGCAAAUCCCGCACACAUUGAAAAUAUCAUGAGAAGUGGAUUUUCCAUGACUGAUAUCAAAGGUUUGCACAGAAACUAUUCAGAAGACGCAGUUGAAUCUGAUCUGAAUGAAGUAAUGAAGCACCAGGCGCAGCAGCAAGUGCAACAGCAAAUUUUAUCCAGAAUGGGAAAAACGAUGCCAGCUCGACCUCCUCGCAAAGGAUCUCUGUCAAGAACGAAUCCCAGCGCAAAUGGAUUUGAAGACAGUUAUACGCAAAUAAACGGGUCCAGGGGCGUACAUAGAUCUACAAGCGAGUUGGACAUGAAUCGAUACUACGAUACUUCGCGACAAAUUACGGAGAAACCUGAGGACAAGAAAAAGAGAGGGCGGUCCCCAUUCAGGUUUUUCUCCAAGAAACGGGGAGAUACCGCUAGUGCUGAACGAACCAAGUCAAAAAAGACUCGAACACCCGAAGCUCAUUCUGUUCGAAUCGGAGGUGGAAUGUCCCCAACCGCCCGAUCAGUCGGACUGUCCAAUACCAUGCUCUCUCGUAGCCCCACAAUGAAACAGCAGCAGGGCGACAAUCUUCAGGCUGGUUCAGUUCCACAACAGAAACAGUUAUCCGUUCCUCAAGCUUCAGAUGUUGAAUCGGUGGGCAACGAGAUAUACGAUGCGGAAUGUUUGAAACUUGUUAACGAAUAUUUCUACGGAGUGAGAAUAUUUCCUGGCCAAGAUCCCACUCAUACUUAUGUUGGAUGGGUCACGACCCAAUAUCACUUUUACAGCAAAGAGUUCAACCAGAAUCAUGUUUUGAAGUCCUCGGUCGUGAUUGCAGAUGACUACGACAGGAUAGUUGAUAGCAUUGAAAGACAAUCGUGUUAUAUGGUAAGAGCUGAUGAGCUUUAUAAUCAAGUUACACAGGACGCUUCAGGAAAAGGAGCGUCCCAGGGAAUGUCUAUUGGAUGUUUCCUGGAUGCUGCCACUGGCUACAUUAGCUUUACUUGUGAUGGAAAACCGACUUCUCAUAAGUUCAAAAUGGAACCAGAAACAAAACUCUUCCCCGCUAUCUUUGUGGAAGCCACCAGUAAGGAAAUAAUGCAAAUCGAGUUGGGCAGAACAUCGACCAGUCUUCCCUUAUCUGCAGCAGUGCUUCAGAACAGUGCCAAGCAUGUAAUUCCGCAAUUUCCACCGAGGUUAAAAGUUCAGUGCCUCAAGCCGCAUCAAUGGGCUCGUGUACCAAACCAGAAUCUUCAAGUUCAUGCACUUAAAUUGUCCGAUAUUCGGGGCUGGUCGAUGCUCUGUGAAGAUCCGAUUUCCAUGCUGGCACUGCACAUACCCGAAGAGGAUCGAUGUAUCGAUAUUUUAGAGCUGAUUGAAAUGGACAAAUUGCUCAGCUUUCAUGCUCACACGCUGACCUUGUAUUCAGCGCUCUGCUAUCAAAGUAACUACAAGGCGGCCCAUGUGCUUUGCAAUCAUGUGGAUCAGAAGCAGUUGUUGUAUGCCAUUAAGUCUGAGUACAUGAGCGGGCCGCUGAGGCAAGGAUUUUAUGAUCUGCUGAUUUCCUUACAUCUCGAAGCCACUGCUACCACAAUGGAAGUGUGUAAAAACGAGUAUGUAAUUCCCAUUGGGCAAGAACUGAAAGAUCUAUAUGAAAAUGUGGAUAUGGGUCACAGUUUGCGACGACUGAAGAUGGAGUCGGUUGUGCCACAAAUGAAAACUUCCGAUAUCAGCGACCUGAUAGACAGCAUUAAGAAUCUUUACUCUCCGUUUUUCCCCUUGGACGUGGUGAGAGACUACGUAAUGACCGCUUUGGCUGAGUCCGUUGAAGUAAACCAAUUGCAUAAUAGAGACCCCAUAGGAGGCUCAAACGAAAACUUAUUUCUGCCGCUGUUAAAACUCGUGGACCGCCUCCUAUUAGUUGGAAUGCUGAGCGACGAUAACGUCGACAAGCUUCUCAUAAUGAUCUGUCCCGAAACGUGGAACCCUACUUUCAAAAAAGAGGGCAAAGACGAGCACCGAAAGGGCCUGUUGCAGAUGAAAAUGGCCGAGGGGGCCAAACUCCAAAUGUGCUAUCUUCUGCAACACUUGUGCGACAUACAGUUGCGACACAGAGUCGAAUCAAUCAUUGCCUUCAGUCAUGAUUUUGUGGGCGAUCUGCAGACUGACCAAUUGAGGCGAUACAUCGAAAUCAAACAGUCCGACUUACCUUCAGCUGUUGCCGCGAAGAAAACCAAAGAGUUUCGUUGUCCACCCAGAGAACAAAUGAAUGCCAUUUUGUGUAAGUUCAAAACAUCAGAUUUCAAAAAUAUCGAGGAGGAAGAAAAAGAAAAUUGUCCCCUGGGUGAUGAUUUAUGCGAAAGAAUGAACAAUUUUCAUAAUUCGCUGAUGACGCAUGUGUCGCUUCAAGCCCUCCAGGCUCCGGUAGAAGAAGAUAAUCCGGAUGAGCACGAGAAGCGAGGUCCUUUUAAAAAACUUUACAACAUAAUAAAUGCUGUCAAAGAGCUGGAGGAAGAGCCCAAACCCCCACUAGAGCCCGAAAAGAAGACUCCUGAAGAAGUAUUCAGAAAAGUGUUAAUCAGCACCAUUGUAAGAUGGGCUGAGGAGGCUCAGAUCGAAAUGCCCAAUCUAGUACAGGAAAUGUUCAGCCUUUUAGUAAGACAGUACGACUCUGUCGGCGAAUUGAUUCGCGCACUUGAAAAAACCUACAUAAUAAAUUCGAAGACGAAACUUGAUGUGGCCGAGAUGUGGAUUGGCCUCAGUCAAAUUCGGGCUCUUUUGCCCGUCCAAAUGUCCCAGGAGGAGGAGGAGUUUAUGCGGGAGCGUCUGUGGAAGCUGGUGAACAACCACACGUUCUUCCAGCAUCCGGAUUUAAUUAGGGUGUUGAGAAUACACGAAAAUGUGAUGGCUGUGAUGAUUAACACAUUAGGAAGACGGUCUCAGGCGCAGUCUGAUGCCAGCACUCAAGCUGCAAAUCCCGAGGGCGAAAUCGGGGGAACAAAAGAAAAGGACACCUCACAUGAAAUGGUAGUAGCUUGCUGCAGAUUUUUAUGCUACUUUUGCAGAACAGGCCGGCAAAAUCAGAAAGCCAUGUUUGAGCACUUUGAUUUCCUCUUGGAUAACAGCAACAUCCUGCUGUCCAGGCCCAGUCUGCGGGGCUCCACGCCUCUGGACGUUGCUUAUUCGUCCCUCAUGGAAAACACAGAACUCGCGCUUGCUUUAAGAGAGCACUAUUUGGAAAAAAUUGCCAUUUAUCUUUCUCGAUGCGGUUUGCAAUCUAAUACGGAACUAGUGGAGAAGGGGUAUCCAGAUUUGGGUUGGGAUCCUGUAGAAGGCGAGCGCUAUUUGGACUUUCUAAGAUUUUGCGUUUGGGUGAACGGCGAAAGUGUGGAAGAAAAUGCCAAUCUUGUAAUUCGCCUGUUGAUUCGAAGACCCGAAUGCCUCGGUCCCGCUUUGCGAGGCGAAGGUGAAGGCUUAUUGAAAGCGAUUGUAGAUGCAAAUAAGAUGUCGGACAGGAUAUCAGAUCGACGAAAAAUGAUGGAGGAAUCACCCGAAGGAACGGUGAAUUUACAACAGUUUUCUCAUCCACUACCUGAAAGUGAUGAAGACGAAGACUACAUUGACACAGGGGCAGCUAUUCUGAACUUCUACUGCACGCUGGUGGACCUGCUGGGAAGAUGCGCUCCUGAUUCAGCUGUAAUUUCGCUGGGUAAAAACGAGUCUUUGAGGGCAAGAGCAAUUCUCAGAUCCCUUGUGCCAUUAGAGGACCUACAGGGUGUUCUUAGCUUGAAAUUCACUCUUCACAAUCCGGCACAAGGCGAAGAGCGACCUAAGUCUGAUAUGCCCUCCGGGUUAACACCGCCCCAUAAGCAAUCUGUGGUUUUGUUCCUGGAACGGGUUUACGGUAUUGAAACGCAAGAACUAUUUUAUCGGUUGCUCGAAGAUGCUUUUUUGCCGGACUUAAGAUGCGCUACGAUGUUAGAUAGGCACGAUGGCAGCGAAUCUGAUAUGGCCCUCAGCAUGAACCGCUACAUUGGCAACUCCAUCCUCCCGUUGCUAAUCCAGCAUAGCAAGUUCUACAGUGAGGCGGAAAACUACGCAACCAUACUCGAUGCCACCCUGCACACAGUCUACAGAUUAUCCAAGAAUCGAAUGCUGACCAAAGGUCAGAGAGAAGCAGUGUCGGAUUUUCUGGUAGCUCUGACCAGCCAGCUGCAGCCUUCAAUGCUGUUGAAGCUGCUCAGAAAACUUACUGUAGACGUAUCAAACUUGUCUGAGUAUACUACAGUUGCGCUGCGAUUGCUCACUUUGCAUUAUGACCGAUGUGCCAAGUAUUAUGGAUCAAGUGGAGGCCAAGGAGUGUAUGGUGCGGCCAGUGAUGAAGAGAAACGUCUGACAAUGAUGUUGUUCUCAAACAUUUUUGAUUCUCUCAGUAAAAUGGAUUAUGACCCGGAACUUUUCGGCAAAGCUUUACCCUGUCUUACUGCCUUCGGAUGUGCGCUACCGCCCGAUUAUUCUCUUUCGAAGAAUUACGAUGAUGAAUGGUAUUCCAAUAAGUCCGCUUCAGGACCUGACGGUCCAUACAAUCCCCAGCCCAUUAAUACUUCGUCAGUUCAGUUGAACAAUGAUCUUAACAACAUCGUGCAACAGUUUUCUGAACAUUACCAUGACGCCUGGGGAUCCCGGAAGUUGGAAAACGGUUGGAGGCAUGGCGAGACUUACUCAGGUUGGGAUGGCAAUAAAACUCAUCCAAGAUUGAAGCCCUACUCCACAUUAAGUGACUAUGAAAGAGAACGUUACAAGGAGCCCGUACGCGAAUCGCUGAAAGCUCUAUUGGCGCUCGGAUGGUCGGUGGAACACACUGAAGUUGAUAUGCCUUCAAACAGUCGCAGUUCACAAUUUGUAAGAGGAGAAACUAGCAACGCUUUCGACUACAAUCCGCACCCUGUGGACAUGACGAACUUAACACUUUCAAGGGAAAUGCAAAAUAUGGGCGAACGACUAGCGGAGAAUGCACAUGAUAUUUGGGCGAGGAAAAAAAGGGAGGAGCUUAUCACAUGUGGUGGUGGCAUCCACCCUCAGUUAGUUCCAUACGAUUUACUGACUGACAAAGAAAAGAAAAAGGACAGAGAGCGAUCUCAGGAGUUUUUAAAAUAUCUCCAAUACCAAGGCUACAAAUUACACAGACCGAACAGAGGAGGCCAACAAGAAACUGAACAAGCCACAGCUGGCCCGUCGAUUGAACUGCGAUUUGCUUACAGUUUGCUAGAGAAGCUUAUCCAGUAUCUCGAUAAGGCCACUAUUAACAUGAAGCUACUGAAGCCGUCUCAAACGUUCAGCCGCCGAAACUCCUACAUAAAGUCGUCGCGUGACAUCAAGUUCUUUUCAAAAGUGGUCCUGCCUUUAAUGGAAAAGUACUUUUCCACCCAUAGGAACUAUUUCAUCGCUGUCGCAACAGCGACAAACCUAACUGGGGCUGCAAGCUUAAAGGAAAAGGAGAUGGUGGCGGCAUUGUUCUGCAAACUUGCCAGUCUUUUGAGGUCGAAAUUGGCUGCUUUUGGUGCAGAUGUUAGGAUUACUGUACGGUGUCUGCAAGUUUUGGUAAAAGGCAUCGACGCCAAGUCGUUGGUGAAGAAUUGUCCGGAGUUUAUUCGCACUUCCAUGUUGACCUUCUUUAACAACACAGCUGAUGAUUUGGGGCACACCAUAACUAAUUUGCAAGAGGGAAAAUACAGCCACUUGAGAGGCACCCACCUGAAGACAUCUACAUCAUUGUUUUACGUGAAUUCGGUUAUCUUACCAGUGCUGACCUCAAUGUUUGAUCAUUUGGCCAAUUGUGAAUACGGCAGCGAUUUACUCCUGGACGAGAUUCAGGUGGCAUCGUAUAAGAUUCUGCAAGGUCUGUAUCAUUUGGGAACCGACCUAACGUUGCACCAUGAGAGGAAAUAUCUGAAGAAUGAAAUGGAGAAGUACAAGCCAGCGUUGGGCUCCUGUUUGGGAGCAUUCAGUUCCACUUUUCCCGUGGCUUUUCUCGAGCCUCAUAUGAACAAGAACAAUCAGUACUCGUUGCUGAAUCGAAUAGCCGAUCAUUCGCUGGAAGCCCAGGAUAUAAUUUCCAAAAUGGAACAGUUUAUGCCCACUUUGGAAACAAUAUUAUCAGAAGUUGAUCAAUUUGUUGAAAGCAACAAGACUUACUUUGAUGAUCCGCAUAUAAUAGAUGUCAUAAUGCCUAUGCUGUGCUCCUACCUACCAUUCUGGUGGGGCCAAGGGCCAGAUAAUGUCAGYCCUACAGGAGGAUCACACGUUUCAAUGGUUACUUCGGAUCAUAUGAACCAGUUGCUCAAGAACGUGCUGAAACUUAUCAAGAAAAACAUUGGCAAUGAAAAUGCGCCAUGGAUGACCCGAAUAGCUACUUACACUCAACAAAUCAUCAUCAACAGUAGCGAAGAGCUGUUGAAAGAUCCAUUUUUACCUUUAGCCGAGCGCGUUAAGAGGCGCACAGAUGCAAUGUUCCACAAGGAAGAGAGCUUGAGAGGAUUUAUCAAGAGUAGUACUGAGGAUACAUCUCAGAUUGAGACUCAAAUUCAAGAAGACUGGCAUCUUCUAGUGCGAGAUAUUUACUCGUUUUACCCACUUUUGAUCAAAUACGUGGACCUUCAAAGAAACUAUUGGCUGCGACAUAACGUUGAAGAGGCCGAGCAUCUCUACAACCAUGUGGCAGAGAUAUUUAAUAUCUGGUCCAACUCCCAGUACUUUCUUCGGGAAGAACAGAACUUUAUUUCGGCCAACGAGAUUGACAAUAUGGUGCUGAUCAUGCCCACAGCUACCAGAAGAACGGUGGUUACUGAUGGCAGUCAACCGUCUGUUGGAAAAGUAAAGAAGAAGAAGAAAAACCGAGACAAGAAACGCGACAAAGACAAGGAAAUUCAGGCCUCCCUGAUGGUGGCAUGUCUGAAACGUUUGCUUCCGGUCGGUCUAAAUUUGUUUGCUGGUCGCGAGCAGGAACUGGUACAGCAUUGCAAAGAUCGGUUCCUCAAAAAAAUGCCCGAGUAUGAAAUUGUCGAUUUUGCCAAAAUUCAGCUCACUUUGCCCGAUAAAAUUGACCCAGCCGAUGAGAUGUCAUGGCAGCAUUAUUUGUACAGCAAAUUGGGAAAAAAGAGUGUUACAGUCAACACCUUGGACACCAACGGCAAGAAUCAGCUUGAGGAAACUGUGGAGAGGAUCGUAGCAAUGAGUAAAGUGUUAUAUGGAUUGCACAUGAUCGAUCACCCUCAACAGCAGCAGAAAGGUGUUUAUAGGUCUAUUGUGUCCACUCAACGCAAAAGAGCGGUUCUAUCCUGCUUCCGGCAAGCCUCUUUGCACAGUCUACCCAGACAUCGCGCCAUUAACAUUUUCAUCCGCACCUACCGAGACUUUUGGCUACAAGAUGAAAACGUCGGUCAAGAAGUCAUGAUCGAGGAUCUCACUCAAAGCUUCGAAGACUCCGAGUUGAAGAAAAAAGAAGGAGAGGAGGAAGAGGGCAAGCCAGACCCACUCACUCAACUGGUGACAACGUUCUGUCGCGGAGCCAUGACUGAGAGAUCUGGUGCGUUGCAAGAAGACCCCCUAUAUAUGAGCUACGCGGAAAUUAUCGCCAAGUCGUGUGGAGAGGAAGAGGAAGAAGGCGAAGAGGGUGGAGAAGAAGGAGGCGAAGGGGAAGAAGGCGGAUCCUCUAUUCAUGAACAAGAAAUGGAGAAGCAAAAACUUCUAUUCAACCAAGCCAGAUUGGCGAACCGAGGUGUGGCCGAAAUGGUGCUUCUGCACAUCUCCGCUUGCAAAGGGGUUCCAUCGGACAUGGUGAUGAAAACUCUGGAACUGGGCAUUUCCAUACUGCGUGGCGGCAAUUUCGACAUCCAAAUGGGCAUGCUGAACCAUCUGAAAGAUAAAAAAGACGUCGGUUUCUUCACCAGUAUUGCUGGGUUGAUGAACAGCUGCGGUGUGCUUGACCUGGACGCCUUCGAGAGAAACACUAAGGCCGAAGGCCUGGGAGUUGGCUCUGAAGGGGCGGCUGGCGAGAAAAAUAUGCAUGAUGCUGAAUUUACCUGUGCGUUGUUCAGAUUCAUCCAACUGACCUGUGAAGGACACAAUCUGGAGUGGCAGAACUAUCUGAGGACGCAAGCGGGGAAUACCACGACAGUAAACGUGGUCAUUUGUACAGUCGAUUACCUGCUGCGCCUGCAAGAAUCCAUAAUGGACUUCUAUUGGCACUAUUCCAGCAAGGAGUUGAUCGAUCCUGCCGGAAAAGCUAACUUUUUUAAAGCCAUAGGUGUAGCUAGCCAGGUAUUUAACACCCUCACAGAAGUUAUCCAGGGCCCAUGCACGUUGAAUCAGCAGGCACUUGCCCACUCCAGGUUGUGGGAUGCUGUGGGCGGAUUCAUGUUCCUUUUCUCCCACAUGCAAGACAAAUUAUCCAAACAUUCUAGCCAAGUGGACCUACUUAAAGAGUUGCUGAAUCUCCAGAAGGACAUGAUCACUAUGAUGUUGUCCAUGCUUGAAGGAAAUGUUGUAAAUGGUACCAUCGGGAAGCAGAUGGUAGACACCUUGGUGGAAAGCGCUUCCAAUGUGGAAUUGAUCUUGAAAUACUUCGAUAUGUUCCUAAAGCUGAAGGAUCUUACUUCGUCCACCAGCUUCUUGGAGAUUGACAUUAACAGCGACGGCUGGGUGUAUCCGAAGGACUUCAAAGAGAAAAUGGAACAGCAGAAGAGCUACACUCCUGAGGAAAUUGAGUUCCUACUUGCAUGUUGCGAAGUCAACCACGACGGCAAACUUGAUUACGUAGGUUUCAUAGAUCGCUUCCAUGAACCUGCUAAAGAGAUCGGCUUCAAUUUGGCCGUGCUCUUGACCAACUUGUCUGAGCAUAUGCCCAACGAGCCACGCCUUGCCAGAUUCUUAGAGACGGCGGGAUCGGUUCUAAAUUAUUUUGAGCCUUUCCUGGGACGCAUUGAAAUUUUGGGCGGUAGCAAGCGCAUUGAACGAGUGUACUUUGAAAUCAAAGAGUCGAACAUCGAGCAGUGGGAGAAGCCUCAGAUCAAAGAGUCGAAAAGGGCCUUCUUCUACUCCAUCGUGACAGAAGGUGGAGACAAGGAAAAGCUGGAAGCCUUCAUUAAUUUCUGUGAAGAUGCAAUCUUUGAGAUGCAACACGCGAGUGCCUUGAUGGCUGUGGAGGAAUCGGGCGGCGGCGGUCCUACAAGAGCUACGACUUAUAGUUAUAUGACUGAUGAAGAGGAACAACGAGGAGGCAAAGAUCCAAUUCGUCGCUCCUACCAAGCGUUUAAGGAUGGUAUUUACUAUGGAUUUUCCGCUUUGAGUCCCUCGAAUAUCAAGCACCGCCUUAAUGAAAUGCAGCAAAUGACCAUUCCAGAACUGUUCAUAGGCUUCUUCAAAUUGAUUUUCUACACUUUCUACUAUUCCGGUUUCGGUAUGGCUGUGGUGAUCAAAUACUUCCUUGGCAUUUUGAUGUCAUUGAUGCGAGGCCCAGUGGUCGAAGAACCCAUUGUGGAAAUUAAGGAGGAAGAAAAAGUGAGUCAUCUUAGAGUGUUGCCACCUUUGCCCCAUGCCGAGGAUCCCAACACCCAACUGCAACCGUUUGGAAUGGAAGUUUCAAAAGAGGAGGCUGGACAAUUCAAAACGCCUGGACAUGAAGGCUCCGCCACCACUCAGCAGUCUUCCGGCGAAGAAGGCGAAGCGACUACCGAGGAAGGCACAGAACAAGCUGAAAGCGAAGUGCCCGAACAACCGCUGUCCCUCUCCGACCUUCUAGGGGGUGAACAGGCAAAGAUAGCUGCUCAGGAAAAAGCUGAAGCUCAGGCAGCCCAGCAGGCAGUUAUGCAGGCGAUAGAAUCCGAAAGCAAAGCCAAAAACAUUCGCGAGCCAUCAGCUAUGCAACAGAUCAAUUUCAGUGCAUACGCCCAUCGCGCUGUGUCGUUCUUAGCGCGAAACUUCUACAAUCUUAAAUAUGUGGCACUUGUGCUGGCGUUCUGCAUCAACUUCAUGCUGUUGUUCUACAAGGUUACAACAUUGGGAGGCGAUUCAGAUGGAAGCGGGAGUGGUAAGGGCGCCGACCUCCUACAGGGAUCUGCAGAGGGUAGUGGAUCAGGUUCGGAAGAGGAAGAUGAUCCGCCCGAAUUAGUCAUAGUGGAUGAGGAUUUCUAUUACAUGGCACACGUAAUGCGCUUAGCGGCGAUGCUACAUUCUAUAGCAUCCCUUGCUAUGCUGAUCGCAUACUAUCACUUGAAGGUGCCUUUGGCUAUAUUUAAACGGGAAAAGGAAAUUGCAAGAAGAUUGGAAUUUGAGGGCCUCUUUAUUGCUGAACAGCCAGAAGACGACGAUCUAAAGUCCCAUUGGGAUAAGCUUGUCAUCUCCGCUAAAUCAUUUCCAGUUAACUACUGGGACAAGUUCGUCAAGAAGAAAGUGCGGCAGAAGUAUAGCGAAACCUAUGAUUUUGACUCAAUCAGCAAUCUUCUCGGGAUGGAGAAAACUUCGUUUCAGCAGCAGGAAAGCGAUGAAGGCAAUAAAAGUAUUUUUUGGUACAUUAUCAAUAUUGACUGGCGAUAUCAAGUCUGGAAAUCUGGAGUAACCUUCACUGACAACUCGUUUCUGUACUCACUUUGGUACUUCGUCUUUUCCAUCUUAGGAAACUUUAACAAUUUCUUCUUUGCCGCUCAUCUGCUAGAUGUGGCAGUAGGUUUUAAAACGCUGCGAACCAUUUUGCAAUCGGUAACGCAUAAUGGUAAGCAGCUGGUCUUGACCGUGAUGCUGCUUACGAUCAUCGUGUACAUUUACACGGUGAUAGCCUUUAAUUUCUUCAGAAAGUUCUACGUGCAGGAAGAGGACGAGCAAGUGGACAGAAAAUGCCAUGAUAUGUUGACGUGUUUCGUAUUCCAUCUGUAUAAAGGCGUCCGAGCCGGCGGUGGUAUUGGUGAUGAGAUCGAUCCUCCGGAUGGUGAUGACUAUGAAGCAUAUCGUAUUAUGUUUGACAUUACUUUCUUCUUCUUCGUUAUCGUCAUACUACUUGCUAUUAUUCAAGGUUUAAUCAUCGAUGCCUUCGGUGAGCUUCGUGAUCAGUUGGAAAAAGUGAUCGAAGAUAUGGAUUCAAACUGUUUCAUUUGCGGCCUGGACAAAGGCUAUCUUGAUAAAGUUCCACAUGGUUUUGAUACCCAUGUGCAACAGGAGCACAACCUUGCUAACUACAUGUUCUUCCUUAUGCACUUGAUCAAUAAACCAGACACAGAGUACACAGGCCAGGAAACGUACGUGUGGAACAUGUACCAGCAGCGCUGUUGGGACUUCUUUCCUAUGGGUGACUGUUUCCGGAAACAGUACGAAGACGAGAUUGGAGGAGGAGGUGGCUAGACUCACUUUUCCGGGUUUGUUUCUGAUAAGUAUGCUCAAAAAACCGUUAGUACGAUAUGUAAAGCAGCUUUUACAAUGUCCACACACAGCAGAAUUAGUAAAUCGAUUUAUAAUCUACGAGUGUAUUGAUUGUUACGAGUUUAACACUUUUUGUAUAUAAGACGCAUGAAUAGGCAAAAGCGACAUAAUGCCUAUUUUUAGCGCGUUGGCGGCUUUGAGAGUAAAUGUUAGUUUGUAUGUAAAUGAAUAAUAAACAAUAAAUAAUAAUUCUUUAA